AUGUCUGGGCUCGAAUUCGUUGUGCUCAGAACCCGCCGAGACAGGCCCGGAGCCGGUACCGGCGUGUGGGUGAUCAACAAGCAGACCCGGCGGAAGCAGUCGCCCCAAGAUGAGAUCAUCGUACACAGUUCAUACUUUGUUGUUGGGGAAAACAUCUACAUGGCCGCGAGCUUCGCCGACAUCCUCAGCUCCAGAAUAUCAACCCUCCUCCCGGCUUAUCGAAGAAGCCCUCGGCCAUCCAGCACCAAUUCGGCGACCACUUUCAUGGACGAGAACCCCAUCACCGGCAAACCAGGCGAGUUCCUGCUCGCAUCAACCGGGCGCAAGGCGGUCAAUCUAUCAACAGCAGCGGCGCUGAACGCCAAGAAGGGGGCGCUGAUGCCCAUGCUGCCGACGCUCAACACCAAGCUCGGGGGCGUGGGGUCGGGCGGCGCGGGCGGCGCGGGCGGCGGCGGUGGCGGUGGCGAGAAUCCCCUCUCGGCUAAGCCGACCGGCAAGGAGACUAAGAGCCCUAAGACGCCCGGGGGCGGGAGCUUGCAGAAGGGGAAGAAGCGGAAGGGCAGUAAGGCGGCCGUGACGCCGCAGUGA